AUGCUCGCCCCGACGCUUCUUGUCUCGCUACUCGCCGCAUCGGCCGCCCAUGCCGCUCCCUUCUUCUCGGUCUCGUCGGCGCCCAAGGUGCUCGCAAAGCGCGCCGAGACCAAAACUUGGGAAGGCCACGUCGCCGACGUCCAGAUCCACGAGUCGUGCAACGCCAGCCAGACGGUGUACCUCCGCAACGGCCUCAACGAGAUGAAGGCGCUCGCCGAGCACGCGCACGACCGCAUCCUCACCCUCGGCGAGACCGACCCGCUCUACGUCAAGUACUUUGGCAACGCGUCGAGUGCCGCGGCGAGCGGCCUCUACGCGCAGAUCGUCUGGGGCAACAAGCCCGGCGUUCUGCUGCGCUGCGACAACCCGGACGGCAACUGCGAUCAGUCCACCGCCGAGGGCAAGUGGGCGGGUCACUAUCGCGGCUCGAAUGCCACCGAGGAGACCGUUAUUUGCGACCGCACCUACACGGACCGAUGGCACCUGUCGUCGCUCUGCUGGGACGGCAACGAGAUCGGCGUCGCGCCGGCGUCGCACUGGCUCGGAGCCGACCUGCUCCACCGCAUGAUGCACAUCCCGUCGAUCGUCUACCACCACGUCGAGCACGCCGCCGACUCGUACCCGGACGUCCUCGCCCUCGCCGCCUCAAACAGCUCGCUCACCGUCUACAACCAGGCGACCUUCCAGCGCUACGCGCUCGACGCCUACGCCCGCGACGUCGCGUUCCCGCCCAACGGCUGCGUCGGCGCCUCGGCGCACCUCCCGACCGACGACGACGACGCGCACUCGCACGGAGCGGCGAGCUCGUCGGCGUCGUCGAGCGCGAGCGCGACCGCGACCGUGCCGGCCGAGGUGACGGUCGGCGAGGCGUCGGCGACGGCUACGGCGGCGGGGUCGUGCCACACGCACGGCGACGGCGAGGUGCACUGUGAGUAG